CACUUUAGCCACACUUUAUGCCACUUCCUUCUGGACUUACAAGCAUCAUUAUUUCCAGACAGCUCACUUACCUAUAUAAACCUGAACUGAGUCAAAGCACUGACAAACAUCUGACUAGACACAAUAUGAUUGUAAAAAUGCUGUCAUUCUUGGUCAUCUUGACUGUCGCACUCCACACUUGUCUGAGUGAGCUGGACAUGGUGCACCCAUCUCAGCCCUGCACUAAAGCGAAGGACAAGAAUGCGUAUGAUACUUUCCUUCACCGUCACCUUCGCAAGGACAUCCCAACUGAUCCACGCAAUCUAAGAGAAUGGCAGAAGUUCAUUACCAAAAUCAAGACCUGGGACAGGCCUAUUCAAUCAUUCUUUCCCAUCAGUGAAGCAAGAAUGGUGAUGGCUGUGUGUUCAUCAGGAGGAAAGAAGAUGGAUCAGGGAAACCUCUGCAUCAGCAAGAAGCCUCUCAAGUUCUUCACUGCUUACAUCAACAAUAAGAAGCAGGUCAAGAAAGUCAAAGUUCAGGAACAAUAUGCUAUUCUUGGCUGUGAUAAAAUUGAAAAUAAAUGCAGACCUGUUCAUUUUGAGGCAAACACAAAUGAUGCUACACCAGAUAAUAACAAACCAGACUGCAGUAAAGCAAUGGCAAAUGCAAGCUUUAUUCCUUUUGAAGAGCUGUUUGAAAUCUAGACACAUGACCUGCAGUAAAAAUGUAUGGAUGUUACUUUGUGGCUUUGCUGCUUUAAUUGUUAUCUAACCAAUGUUGAAACUGCAGUAAUAGGAGGAUGUCUGCUCAUAUUCAUAAUGAAUGCACAUUGUGAACACACAAACAUUUUCUAUAUGCUUUUGCCUCAUUAAUUCAAUCAUGUAUUACUAAAUAAAGAUUGCAAUAAAAAAA